UACCCCCCGAGCGAGUUUUGGAAUACAGCCCGUGCUGGUUUGCGUGUUUGUUUACCUCGUUGGCGUUCGCGUUAUUCUUUGAAAACCCUCGGCUCGCUGCAAAAAAAAAGCCGAUUUCUCAAAUAGGCAUUGGGUGGACCGGUGGACGAUGCCGCACGACCACGGCGACCACGGGCACGACUCGUGUGGCCACGGCCACCAACAUUCGCAGGGCCCCGACUUGGGCAUCCAGUACUCGCUCUACUCCAAGAUCGACCUGGACAAUGUGCAAUGCCUCAACGAGGAAGUCGAGGGCAGCGGCAAGCUCGUCUUCAAGCCCUGGGAGCUAAGGCUCGAACUUGACAAGUUUGUGGACAGCGACGCGGACGAGGAGCUCCUCUUCAACAUCCCCUUCACCGGCAACAUCAAGCUCAAGUCCAUCCUGGUCAUGGGCGGGGAGUCUGGCUCCCACCCGUCCAAGAUCCGAAUGUUCAAGAACCGGCCCCGGAUGACGUUUGACGACGCCCGCGCGGAGCCGGAGCAGGAGUUUGAGCUGCACCCGGACAACACGGGCACGCUGGAGUACCCAGUCAAGAUAGUCAAGUUCUCCAGCGUCCAGCACCUGUCGCUCCACUUCCCGAGCAACUUUGGCGCGGACUCCACGAGGAUCUACUACGUGGGCCUCAAGGGAGAGUUCUCCGAGGCUCGUCGCCAGGAGAUCCCCAUCUGCAGCUACGAACUGGCGCCGAACCCGGCCGACCACAAGGUGAAGGACUUCGAGGCCCUCUCCAAGACCGUCCACUGAGGCAGUAAAAGAAGGGAGACUGG